AUGAUGCAAAAUGAAAGUUCAAGUUCUGCCAAUAGGUUAGAAAAAGAUAUUAUUCAAAUUAAAAAGGCUCUUAAGAAGUUAUCAAAUCACAAUACGAGCAAAGAUGAUUUAGAUUCUUUAUUAGUUUCUCAAUCACCAGGUCGACCAACUAAGAUUAUUAAUGAAAGAAGCCUUAGAAAUAGAGAUGAGUUUCUGCCUAUGUCCAAACAAUACAAAAAAAGAUUAAUGAAUAAAAUUGAUGUAAUAAUUGCUGGGUUUGAUGAUUCUGAGAUUUCUGAUCCUGAAGAAACAUGGAUUUCACAAAAAAGAUUAUUUGUUAAGAAUGUUUUUUCUAAAAUCAUAAAAGCGCUAGAAAGUCGAUUCGAAUGUACUCGUAAUAAUGAUGAUGGAAGCAAUAAUGGUGAUGACAGCUUUAGUGGUAAAGAUACUGAUAAAAAUAGUCAACAAAAUACUAAAGACAAUAGUGAUGAUAGUGAUGUUGAAGAUAGUAAUGAUGACAAGGAUAGUAGGAGUAGCGAUAAUAAAGAAACUAGUA